UCAGGUUGUUGCCAAGGUGACAAGGUCAGGUGACAUGAGCAUCCAAUCAAAAGUCAGGUGCUACACUCGGGCAGUCACAGCACAGAGAGAUGUGGAUUUUGUAGAGAAGCCGGAUUCCGAAAUAUCCUUGGUCGUGUUUCUUCCAGCUGACCAAUGAUCAUGUUUGAGCACAGUCAGUACACAGUGAAUGAGCCCAUCAUCAAAGGUGACGUGAAGAUUGCCCGUAUCCCUGUGGUUAGACUUGGGGAUACAAUGGGGAUGUCUGAGGUUCGAGUAACAACACGCAGUGGGAGUGCCCUGGCUGGAAGGGACUUUAAUACCUAUGAUAGGGGAAACCAACUCAAUUCCACUGUCCAGUCUUUGAGCCAUGGUGGUGUGACCUUUGACCUGCAGCUUCUACCAAGUCCGGACAAGUCUGACAGACCACACCAGAACUGGCUUGUCACUUCAACCACUAUGCUCAAGAACUAUUGUGGAGACCUUGUGGUGAUCCUGUUGCCAUGCUUUCUGACCUUCACCCACACUUCAACACAGCCAAUCAGCUGCUCGCCUUCUGAUCAUGUGACAUUCAGUUUACCAAUCAAAUUGCAGCAAGUCAGUGACCCUGUGCCGGCCAAGUUCAGCUUGAAUAGGAGAUGUGUGGCUUUCAGAGAAACUGCCAUACAUUUCUGAGGACGACAUGACCAUUGCUCCAGGAGAUACAGUGUAUGGCAGACUAGAUGUGAGCCCCAUACAGUUGUUGGAUCAGAACGUCUAUCUGUACAUAGAGAAGGUGUUUGUGUGUGCUGGGCAGGAAGGUUACAUUCCACUAUACAAUCCGGAUAUAGGUGGAUGUGUGGGAAACCCAGAACAACUGGACACUGUCAUCAGAAUACUGGACAUAACGGACCCCUCCUCAGUUAACACCACAUUCCAAGGGUUCCCUCUAUCUGCUAUGAUGUCCCAGGAUGACACAGAAUUCACUGAAGUCUUCAACAUUCCAGGGGCAGAUGGAUUCUCAUUUGAUUCCUCACCACUUUUUAAGGAAGGCUGAGGGUGAAAAACUGUGGUUUUUUCUAGACCAUAUAAAGAGAUCCCUCGACGACAUUGCAGGGGUUGGGAAUGGUGAAAAGGGCACAAAUAUGGCCCCUUUAAUUCUCAACUUCAAUGGAAAGUCUUUGACAGAAGACCAAUACAAGCCUGGCAAAAGAACUGAAAACAGUGAAAGCCAGAUGCCACUUCUUGGCAAGUGAUUGCUGCCCUGAUUGGGGCAAAUGUUCUACUGCUGAUUGGUAUUUUUUGUGCUUGUGAUAUUUAUACGACACCAACAUAAGCAGACGUCUCUGCCGCCAACUCCGUCAGGAACCAUAACUGUGAUGUCAACUUCUCCUGGACAUACAAAAGUCAUAUCAAAUGCUCAUGU